AUGCACGAGGUUGUUUCGCUUUCGUGCUCGCAUGCCUCGGGCCACUUGCUUACCCAUCUCUACAACGUUCAAGAAACGCACAUUCCCUAUGCCAAAAACGCCAAACUCUCCCAUUCCAACUCUGUCUUUCUAUGGCCGGUGAAAGCUGGCGCCAGAUGCAACUACUACCCACGAAGCUUGAACAUCGAGUUGGCCGGCGGCUACGGGUACUUGGGCAAGUACGAGUUCAAGGAUCCCAAAGUGGACCUUGCGGCGUUUGGCAGUGAAGUGGAGGUGAGAAAACAAGACCGGGUCGAGAAAAACGACUUCCAGCGGCUUCUAGACGCCGGGGCCAGGCCGGACGGGGCGCUUCUCAACACGGCAAACACGUCCUACUGGACCGACUACAACAAGCUCGUGUACCGGCCGGCGUCGCUUCUCCAGCUGGAAAACUACGUGCAUCCCAUGGGAAACCACAAGCACUUCCAGAAGCUCUUGUUCAAGGAGUACAACGUGGGCGAGGAGGAGUUUGCUUUGCUUUUCGACGCAGUCGACGACUCCUUCCGCAAAAACUUGGAGGCGCUGGACAUGAUCCAGGGCAUCAACUUUGUCAGCGAGGUGGAUAAUGCUUGGGGUGGCUUCACCAAUGAGAUGAUGGUGCAGUUGAAGGACGAGUACUUCAACAACGGCGCCAACUCGAAGCACAACUUGUGGUGCUACGGCUUGCUUGCGCAGAAACCGAACAUGUUGACGCGGAUCAAGUCCAUAGUGGAGUUUUCGAAAAACUCGUCUCUUUUCAUGCCCUUGUCCUUGCCACACCAGCAGACGUCGUUGCUUUCGCCAGAGUUCGACAUUUCUUCCCUGUGGCACCGUGCUGCCGUCUACGCUCUGUUUGUGAAUCUGAUCUGGGGCCUCAAUUGCCAGUUGGAACUGCCGGUUCGGAUGGCAGAGAUCGAGGCCAAUCUUCUUCGGGGAUUCGACAGACGGAACAUCGUCAACGAAAUCCGCAUCGAAGAGACAGAAAAACAAGAAAGCCCCGACCAGUUUGGCCAAAAACAAGAAAGCCCUGACCAUUUUGGCUUGGUUGCUGAUGCCAAUAUCAUGGAUAUGUACUUGGGCCAAGCCCAAAACGCCAACGAAAAGCAAAAGUACAUCAACUUGGGCAUCAGCGGAGAGGCGAAAGCCAUAGGCAAAAAGGCCACAGUUGCAAAACUACAGGACCCAGAGUCAGAAAGUAACCACUACGUGAAUCCAUACAUCGACGAGAUUGUCGAUGUUGACACCACGCCUCCGAUAUUCAGCAAAUCUUUUUCCACAACGUUCGGCCAGAACGUCAGCUUAAAAGAUACUUUGAAGGAAUACCGGAAAGUCAUUCAGCGAGUACGUCUACCGCAACAUUUGCAGGUGAUUGGCGAUAAAGCUGAGUUGGUGGAGGACUUGUCGCAGCUUAUCGAUGAGUACACUUUGGAUUACGAAGACGAAUCAGACUACGAAUAG